AUGCUUCUAACACUAUUAUAUGCAACAUUAAGCUUUUCAAUUUUACCAGACGAGAUUUCAGAAUUACAUGAAGUCACAGAUAUCUCUAACACAACUUCUACUUCAUUCUUUUUCAAUCUACAAAUAUUCAAUCCAAGUCCAACCGAAUUUAAAUCACUUUUAGAUAGAAAUAUUUUACUAAAUUCAAAAUCAAAGAAGAAAGCUCAAGUUGAAGAAGAAGAGGAGGAAGAGGAAGAAGAUUCAGAAGAAUCUGAUGCACCUUCAAAGCCAGCAAAGAAACAGAAGAAAGGAAAAGAGGAAGAAGAUGAUGAUGGUAGCGAAGAUGAAGAGGAAACUACAGCAAAAAAAGGAAAAAAUUCUAAGAAAUCAACAGAUGAUGAAGAAGAAGAGAAUGAAGAAGAGGAAGAUGAAGAGAAAACAACUUCUAAGAAGAAAUCUACAAAGAAACAAGAAAAAGAAGAAGAAAAGGAAGAUGAUUCUGAGGAAGAUGAAGAAGAAGAGGAAGAAGAGGAAGAGAAACCGGCUAAAAACAAGAAAAAGCAAACAAAUACAGAUACAUCAGCUACAGAAAACAAUAAUACUUCAAAAAAGAAUAAAAAGACAAAUACAAAGAAAAAACCAGUAGAAGAAGAGGAAGAAGAAAACGAUGAAAAAGAUGAAGAAGAGGAAACAAAGACAAAAUCAAAAAAGAAACAAAAAAAUUCUGAAAAAUCCGAAAAAGAAGAAAACGACCAAGAAGAUGAAGAAGAAGAGAAAGAAAAGCCAAAGUCUAAGAAGCAGUCAAAGAAUGCAGAAAAAGAAGAAUCAAAAGGAAAAAAUAAAAAAUCUGGAAAAGGAAAGAAACAAGAAAAAGAAGUAGAACAAGUACCAAAAGGAGAAACACAAAGUAAUCAAUCAUUACCUGUAUUGCAAUUGAUCAAAGAAAACCCAAUAAUGCCUUAUACAAUUAUUUCACCAUUAAUUGUAGUUAUCGUUGUCGCAGCCAUUUUUGUAUAUACAAUUAUGACACAGGACCUUCGUGGUUUGCCACCUCCUGUUCCACAGAACCAAGGACUCAUUUCUGGACCAAAUGACCCUCUAAUUCAAGAUGUGAAUGAUAACAAGGAAGAUUUCCAAGAAAACGAUGCACCUCUAAAUACGUUACAGCCAUUGGUUCCAAAAUAA